AUGGAGGUAGCCAAAUUAGGCUUUUUAUUACUCAGAACGUUGAGUAAACCAAUUGCAAAUACAUGCAAAGAAAGGGCAAAACAAAGUCCAAUUUUUAGAAAAUAUAUUUGUCUGCCUCCAGCUUAUUUUUAUAAUUGGUGUGAAGUUAAAACGAAAAUGUGGAUUCUCAAUUUAGGACAACCGGUUCAAGUUCCUCCGUUGAACGAAGCCAUGGCCAUAGAAUUGGGUGCUAAUUUACUAGGAGAAGGAAUACUAUUCACAGUUGCUGCUGCCGUUUUAAUUAUAGAGUAUGCUAGGCAAUCGGCCAAACAAGCUGCAAAAGACAAAGAACAAGAAGAAGAGAUGAAUAGACUGCAUACUACGAUUAGAGAUUUAAAUUUUCAAAUGGAAUCGCAACAAGCGCAAAUCAAAGGACUUUUUAGACAUGUUUACGAAUUAGAUUCGAAAGUUGUCAAGUUACCAUGGACGUUGGGUCAAAAGCAAAACAUUGAUGAAAUCAUAGAGAAAAAAAUUGAAAAACCUGAUAAAAUUGAUAAUUCAGAUGUAAUUACAGAAGCUAUAACUUAUUUAUUUAGUGAUAUAUUAGGCGGUGAUAAUUUUACAUAG